GUCCACUUUAUUUUAAUAUUUCUGACCAAUGUGUAUAUUUAUUUAUAUCUGUAACCUUUGUAUACAUCUAAGAUUUAGAAAUAUUCUACACGAUAGCACAAUAAUGAGUGACAGUUGCACAGAGGUUCAGUAUAUUACCCAUUGUAAGACAUUACACAAGUGGAAGUAUGGCUGGUGUUAUGAUGCCUAAGGCUGCUGCUAAGUUUAUUGCAGAAAAGAGUGAAGAUAUAAAGAUAAAUAAGGAUGGUGUAAAUAAUCUAGCCAAAGUUAUGUUCAAAUGUGUUAAAGAUGAUACAUACAAUAUAAAGUCGUGGAAGACUGCACAUGAAUUGAACCCAUCAGAGAUGACAAAAGAAGCUGUUGACUGGAUAUUUGUUGCAGACACAUUGAAUUUUUCCUUUUGGUCAGAAGAUGAAAACAAGAAAUACAUGGUGAGGUACAAAGGAAAGGAAUAUACAGGGUACUGGUCAUGGAUAGCUGCACUUAACAGAGCAUUAGAUAAUGGGAUCAAACUAACAGAUCCAAAGUUUUAUGCUAAUAUAACCAAGGAAAAACUGGCAGAAAUCCUGAAAUCAGAUUCUAACUAUGAAUUACCUUUAUUGGAAGAAAGAGCACAGGUUUUACAGGAAGCUGGCAAAAAGCUUGUGGAGAAAUAUGAUGGAAGUUUUGUGAAUUGUAUUGAGAAAUGUGAGAAAAGUGCAGAAUCUCUUCUUAAUUUAGUAGUGGAAGAAUUUCCUUCAUACAGAGAUGUAGCAGAAUAUAAUGGGGAAAAAGUUGGUAUAUACAAAAGGGUGCAGAUUUUGAUAGCAGACAUAUGGGCCUGUUUUGAAGGGAAAAGUUAUGGAGAAUUCCAUGACAUUAAUUUUGUAACCAUGUUUGCAGAUUACAGGAUUCCUCAAGCACUUGUGCAGUUUAAAGCCAUGACUUAUUCAGAUAAAUUAACUGAAUUCUUAAACAAAGAUCAGAUGAUGAAGACUGGUGACAAAUAUGAGGUAGAAAUAAGAGGAUGUAGUAUACAGGCUGUUGAGGAAGUCACUGAAGAGACAAGAAAUUUACUAUCAGCAGACGACAGUACAAAAGAUGCUAUGAUUAAUGCUAUUAUUAUUGAUCACUAUCUCUGGGACUACAGAAGGGAGCAUGCAACAGACAUUAAAGUACCAUUCCACAAGAUCAGAUGUAUUUACUACUGACACCAAGAGUUAUUUGUCAAAAUUAGAACUCUGAAAAUAAGAAGUACCAUGUUAACUUUUGUAACAAUUGCUUGUCCUUCCAGAACAAUCUUGUGGUACAAACAGUUUCUUUCAUUGAUUUUGUUACACAUCUAGUAAUAAUUUUGAAAAGAAAUUGUGUUCUAAUGUUACACUUGUUUACAAAAGUAUUAUAAUCAGAUAUUAGAAGUGCUUUAAAAAUAAUAGAUACAUAUUGCGAUUAUAGUUAUUAGGGCUAGAAAACUAAUUGUUCCGUUAUUUUAAUCAGAUUUUUGUAUGCUGAUUGUUGAAUUAAAAUGUAGGACCAAUAGAUUAUGUAUUUUUUCCAGCUUAAGUAAGGCAGUUAGUUCUCUCCUGUGUAUAUUUGUUCCAGUGGUGCCAAGAACUCCAAAAGAUGCAUGAAAUAUUUGCUACUGGACGUUAAGCAACCAACAAUUUACCUUACAUAUAUUUGUUUAAUGCAUUGAGCGAAUUUGCAAAUAACUUUUGCAGGGUCACAAAGUUGUUUUUAUUUUACCUAUAUGGUAUUCAGAUAUACCUAGUUUUGAUUAGAUUAGUUUUAGUUACAAAGCAUACUUGUCAUUGUUGUUGUUAAUGAUCUAUAGGUUGUGAAACAUUGAUAUUCAAUGAAGUCUGCAAGGUCAAGGUUACAAACUUAGUCCAACUUUAUGUUUGCCAUAUUCAAAUAUAUAUAGAUUAAUGAUUGCCUAAACAUUUUUGGUAUAAAGCAUAUUCAAAGUACUUGUGAUUGAUGAUUACCAAUAAAAGGUUGUGAAUAAUAUUAAGUGCUAAUGUUUGUCUGCAAGAUCAAGGUCAAAAAGUUGAUUUAUAUUGACAUAUUCCAUAUUCAAAUAUAAAUAGUGAUGAUUGGCUAAAAAAUGUGUUAAUAAAGCUUAUUCAAAAUACCUUUUACUGUUGUAAACCACAACAAGGUUGUGAAACAUAUUAUGUGUGAAAAUUUUCUACAAACUCAAGAUCACAAACAUUAUUCAAAUUUUACAUAUUCCAUUUUCAAGUAUACACCUUCAGAUUGGCCUAAAAAGUUUGUUACACAGCAUAUUCAGGAUUGUUGUUAACCAUCAAUAAAUUGUGUUAUAUUUUGAGUUUGGUUGUUUGUCUGCAAGGUCAAGGUCACAAAAUUUAUUCACUUUUACAUACACCAUAUCUUAAUAUAUUAAGUUAAGUCUCAGUUAGAAUCUUCACUACAUCAUAUUUUUUAUACAAGUGUGUACUAAGAUAGAAAUGUCUUUUAAAAGGCCAAGUUUAAAAUAACAAAUAUUUGUUUACAGCCCAUUUCAUUGAGUGUGUAGCCAAAGGUAAUAUCUUUGGAUAGCUUGCUUGUUAGCUGAACUGUGAAGUCAUUGUUAGGUUAGGUAAACUACUCUCCUUUCUCCUUUCUCCUUUGGCUACACACAUAAUGAAAUCAGCUGUAUUUGAUCAUGUGGAGAAGAGUAUUGAAAAUGAUUUCCUAAAUAUGUAUGAAAUACCUCUAGUUUUUAUAUCGAUUGAUUAAAUCUUUGUUUAUCUCUGUUACAUUACAUUUUGGGUCAUGGAAGAUGAUUUAAUUCAUCGCAAAACUUCUAGUCAAAAUUACCUCUGUAAAGAAUAAUUGAUUGUAUGAUCACAACUUUCAUUUAGUUUACUUUUUUCAUAUCUGUUCAUGUCUGUUAAUAUAACUGUUGUUUUUUACAAAAUAUAAAGAUACUGGGGUUUAUUUAAGUAUAUUCCGAUAUUUAUAUAAAAUAACAACUUACUUGCAAAUAGUCAUUAACUUCAUUAAGAGUUUUGUCUAGCGUUUUAUACUGUAAAAGCAGUAAAUUUCGUGGAGGAUUUUAUUUCAUUUAUUUUGUGGAAAGAAUGUAUCCCAAGAAAUUAAACCCCCACGAAAAUUUAACCUUCAUAUAAAAUCACUAACAUUUAAGGAAACCAUGAAAUUUAAAUCCCCAUGAAAUCUUAUAAAGAGACAAAACCAUGAAAUUUUAACCCCAUGAAAAUGAUUGAUUUUACAGUAUGUAAGGGCACCAUUAUGUCUUUUUUACCAUUGUUUUUAAUAUCUAGUAAAUAUAUGCUAUCAAAUCAUGUCAAAACUGUAUUUUUUUAUAAACAAUAGUUUGUUUUUUACACUUUUUAUCAUAUUUAAUUCACAUUAAACUUC